CAUUAUCUUCCUAAACAAAAUCCUCAAGAGACUUAACAAACUUCCCACUUCACCAUCACCCCUUCCCUCUUCCCCCCCUUAUUAAUCCAGCACCCAUUGAACGAUUUACAUGCAUUGAUGAAUGUAAUGGAGAUGGAGAGGGAGGUUGAAGACGACGAUGAUGCUCUCAUGGCGAGAGCCGAGAUCGAUACAAGCGCUCCUUUUCGGUCCGUGAAGGAAGCCGUUUUGUUGUUUGGGGAGAAGGUCUUGGCUGGGGAGAUUGCUAAUAAGCUCAACGAGAUGAGGGUGACAGGAAACAGGAAUGAGCAGAGCGGCUCUCGCUUUGCCUCCCUUGCAGCAGAACUAGAAGAAACAAAACAAAACCUUGAGAAAGCAGAAGAAGAAAGAUUAGAAAUGGCAAACUACCUCACCUCUCUGAUACAAGAGCUAGAGGAAACAAAGACAGAGCUCAAACAACUGAAAGCUAGAGAUUUGGAGAAGCCAAGCAUAGAUCCAGAGAUUGAAGACAUCAAAUUUGUAGAAAAUACAACAGAAAUUGAGAUCGAAGGACCAGUAGUCAAGGAAGAUAUUGGAACUCAAAGAAAGAAGUAUGUCAAAUUCGCCAACCCACCAUCUCUGGCAAGAGUCAUGAGCACCGAGGAGCAAGUUUUGGAUAGAAAAUUCUCGAAUGGAAGGGAAACAUUACAGAUGAGAAAGAAACAGAAGAAGAAGAAGAAGAAGCCACUUCUGCCUUUAAUCGUAUCGGUGUUUUUGAAGAAGAAGAAGAGCCAGCAAGGUGAAGCACCAGUUCGAGCUCAUGGGAUGCAGACAGCUGUAUGA